CUUAACCCCAACGCAAAUAUCUAACGUGCAUCCGACGCCAAUCGUCAGCAGCUGUAGGUUCCACAGUAUUGAACGGAUGAGAAUCACGGGAAAAAAUAUCAAGAGUACGUAAAACCGCCCACAUCUGAUCAUAUCUCCUUUCAAUACAGAAAUUAAGCUGACUGUAAUGCGUUUUCUUAUUCUAUUCUUCACGAACUUUCACUCUCUUGUCGACUUGUUUCAUUUUCGGGGAAUCUCGACAGAUCCGAUCGAUCAUUAAGAGUACUGAAACACUGUUAUUCACUUAGCAAUUACGAUCUUUCGAUUUCAGCCAUUGUAAUCUUAGAACUCUCUUUGUUUGAACAUGAGUAAGUAAGAUGGUUCACUGAGAAAUGGACGUGGAUAGAUCGUCGUUGUGCAAUUGUGUGGUGAAUUUCCUUUUGGAAGAGAAUUAUCUACUUACAGCUUUUGAGCUUCUACAUGAACUUCUCGAUGAUGGCCGUGAUGCGCAGGCGAUUCGCCUUAAAGAGUUAUUCUUGGAUUCUUCUCAGUUUCCACCUGAUCAGAUCUCCCGCUUGAAUUCCCUCCGAGUUGCUGACCCCCAGAGCUUGCUGGAAGAAAAGGAAGAGAUAGUAGAGAAAUUUGCACUCAGUGAGUACGAGCUUCGCUUAGCCCGGGAAGACAUACUGAAGUUGAAAGCUGAAUUGGAGAAGAUAUCCAAACCAACUUCUGAUGAAUUUAAUGGGGUUAAGACAGAUAUAUCUGCACAUCCUGGGGUGGAAUCUCAACAGCAUAAGAAAGCAGCCUCUUCAUUUGACUUGGGUGCUCUGAAGGACAACGAGCGACGGGAUCUUAAUUGUGCUGUGAAGGAGUAUUUGCUUUUAGCUGGAUACCGCCUUACUGCAAUGACAUUUUAUGAAGAGGUUACUGACCAAAACCUAGAUGAUUGGCAGAAGUCUUCUGCAUACUGUACAGAUGCUUUGCGCCAUUAUUACUAUCAAUAUCUUUCAUCCACUUCAGAGGCUGCUGAGGAAAAAGUUUCAAUGCUUAGAGAAAAUGAGCGUUUGGUAAAAGAAAGUGAAAAGGUCCAGAAUGACAUGAAGUCCUUGCAGAAAAACAAAGAUGUCGCUGAUGCUCAAGUUUUGACGCUAAACAAAUCCUUAGAAGCUUUGCAGAAGGAUAUCAAGGAGAAGGAGAAACUGGUUCAUGAACUUAAGCAGUCACUGAAAUUACAAAGUAAGGACCUCAAUGACUGCAGAGCCGAGAUCACGUCACUUAAGAUGCACAUUGAAGGAUCUCGUUUAACGCAAAAGUUAGUUACUAUUGAUAAUGAUCAUGCUGAAACUCGAACCGUGGAAAGCUACAAGGAAGAAAUAAAUUUGCUACAUAAACAAAUAGAGACUUUAAAGGCUACACAAUCUGUUCCUCUGGAGAUUCCAAGGUCUACGGGUGGUGAACAAGAGAUUACUGAAAAAGCUAAUGAAGUUUUGCAGUCAAACAUGAGCAUAAUUAUAAAAUCUUCAUCUGACAAAGGACUUGAUAGUCCAGAUUUUGCGGAUACUCCUAUUUCAGCCGAUCAGAUACAUGUUGAUGGUGGCACCUCAGAUAUACCUGAUCAAAUUCCUGGGGGGAUAACAGUGAGUCCCACCCAUGGUAAUGGUUCCAUAGUGAAGUCUGACCAGGUGUUUGAUUACAAGGAACUACCAGCAUUGGAAGAGAAUGGUCGAGUUUCAAAACAAGAUAGCUUUGAUGGGAAACUAAUUUCCCAGAAAAUGGGUUUGAGAACAAUUCAAAUACUAUCUGAUGCAUUGCCCAAGAUUGUUCCAUAUGUCUUGAUCAACCAUCGUGAGGAGCUUCUUCCUCUUAUCAUGUGUGCUAUAGAGCGUCAUCCUGAAAGCCACACAAGAGAUUCUUUGACCCACACAUUGUUCAACUUAAUCAAACGUCCUGAUGAACAACAGAGAAGGAUUAUAAUGGAUGCUUGUGUGACUCUUGCCAAGAAUGUUGGAGAAAUGAGAACAGAAACAGAAUUGCUUCCACAGUGCUGGGAGCAGAUAAAUCACACAUACGAGGAGCGGAGGCUGUUAGUUGCUCAAUCAUGUGGAGAGCUUGCAGAAUACGUGCGGCCUGAAAUUCGAGAUUCUCUCAUCUUAUCCAUCAUGCAGCAACUCAUUGAGGAUUCGGCAACAGUUGUUCGUGAGGCUGCUGCUCUUAACCUUGCUUUGCUUCUUCCACUGUUUCCAAACGUGGACAAAUAUUUCAAGGUAGAGGAGAUUAUGUUUCAGUUGGUAUGUGAUCCUUCAGGGGUAGUAGUGGAAGCUACAAUCAAACAAUUGGUGCCUGCUUUACUUAAUUGGGGAAAUAAAUUGGACCAUGUAUUAAGAGUUCUACUCUCUCAUAUUUUGGGCUCUACUCAGCGUUGUCCACCUCUUUCAGGGGUUGAGGGUUCCCUUGAGUCAUGUCUCCGAGUUUUAGGUGAAAGAGAACGGUGGAAUCUUGAUGUCCUCUUAAGAUUACUAUUGGAGCUGCUUCCUUUUUUGAAGCGAAGAACAAUUGAGACGUGCCCAUUCCCUAACAGUUCAGAAAAUAACAGGAGAAUCUUUACCAAGUCCUUGAUACAAUUAUAUGCCAGGGAACAUGCAGAAUGGCCAGCAUUUGAAUGGCUGCAUAUUGACUGCUUUCCUGCUCUCAUUCAACUUGCCUCCUUGUUACCUCAGAAGGAAGAUAGCCUAAGAACUCGUUUAGUAAAGAUUUUGUUGGCAAUAUCUGAACAUUUUGGCGAUGAGUAUAUGGUAUGCUUCACACUACCAGUAUUCUUAGUGGCAGUGGGUGGUGAUGCUGACUUUACAUUUUUCCCAUCUAAAAUCCAGCCAAGGGUUAAAGGUUUAAGGCCAAAAACAUCUGUGUCUGAGAGACUUGCAACUUUGUGUGUCCUCCCACUGUUGUUGGCUGGUGUUUUAGGAUCUCCAAAUCAGCGUGAACAACUUACAGAGUACCUGAGAAAUUUGUUGGUAGAGAGAACAAUGCAAGAUGGUCAAGAAACAAAGCACCUAGAUGAGAUUUUUAAUUCUGUUCGCUUCCUUUGCACAUUUGAAGAACAUCAUAACAUGAUUUUCAAUAUUUUGUGGGAGAUGGUUUUGAGCUCCAACAUAGAUAUGAAAAUCAGUGCUGCUAAUCUUCUGAAAGUCAUUGUGCCUUGUGUUGAUUCUAAAGUGGCUUCUGCUCAGGUUUUACCUGCUCUUGUCACCCUUGGCUCUGACCCAAAUUUGAAUGUUAAAUAUGCUAGUAUUGAUGCAUUUGGAGCUGUGGCGCAGCAUUUUAGAAAUGAUGUGAUUGUGGAUAAAAUACGUGUGCAAAUGGAUGCUUUUCUUGAAGAUGGAUCACAUGAAGCUGCUAUUGUAGUGGUCCGUUCAUUGGUGGUGGCUAUACCAAACAGCACAGACAGACUUAGAGAUUAUUUAUUAUCCAAGAUCUUUCAGCUUUCAAAUGCACAACUUCCUGUGACUGAUAUUACGCGUAGGCGUGCCCGAGCUAAUGCAUUUUGUGAAUCUAUCCGAGCUCUUGAUGCCACAGACAUUCCUGCAAACAGUGUAAGAGAUUUUUUGCUACCAGCAAUCCAGAACUUGUUGAAAGAUCCUGAUGCAAUUGAUCCAGUGCACAAAGAAGCGCUGGAGAUCAUAGCAAAGGAAAGAUCAGGAGGAACUUUUGACACGAUUAGCAAAGUGAUGGGGGCUCAUAUAGGGCUUGCGUCAUCCAUGACCAGUCUAUUCGGGGAGGGAGGAAUUCUUGGUAGUAGUACUAAUAGUAGUACAAAUAGAAAGGAAACAGCAGAUCCAUCAUCAGCCAUUGAACCAAUUGAGAAUUCAAAGGUUUCUCCCCUACCACCUUCAGCUGAAGAUACUAGGUUUAAGCGAAUUAUGAGAGGAAGCUUCUCAGAAAUGCUAAGGGGAAAACCAAAGGCCAUUGAUGAUAAUCCUCCUAACUAGUCAAAACUUGUAUCUUGAUCUUCUUUUCUUUUUCAAAAUUUUAAAAACCAUCAUUCAUUUAAAUCAUCCUUUAAAGAGCUUUUUCAGUUAUAAAUUGGGAUCCAAAGUUGUGUUGUGUUUGUGUUGAGAAGAAAAUUGUAAUGAGAUUUGUUGGAAUAUAUUAAAUAAAUAUAUCUUUAUUUUUA